CUUCCUCGUCCUCAAAGAGGGCAGAUUAGCUGUGGCAGCGUUGUCGGAUGGAGCAGGAAGCGGAUGCGGCGGGACGUGAGGAGGCAGACGGGAUUGAGGAGGAAGAGGAGGAGGAGGAGGAGGAGGAGGAGGCUCUCAAGGAGAGUGAAGGUGGCGAGGCAAGACUGUUCUCUCGGUGGGUGAGGACAUAUUUCUUAGUCCUACUGGAGGGACAACAACAUCACGGAGAGGAUCGCAUGGAUGUUUUCCACGGCUCAGCAGAUGCUGCAGGACAGCCGCUCCAAAAUGAAGCUUCUCCGCCUGCACCUCAUCAAAGUGGCGCAGGCCGGAACCGGCCCAGACGACCAAGAAGCGAACAUCGCGACGCACCAAGGAACGUCCCAAGUGGACGUCCGCCUGGCUGAGCUGCAUCACUACACGCAACGCGAGCACGAUGCCCUGCGGCUGGCCGAGGACGUGCUGGCGCAAACGGACGACGGCGCGUCGUCGCCGGAGCGCGAGGCUCGCUCGGAGGCUGAGAAGCGCCGCGACCAUUCGUCCCAGCGUUUGCGUCUCCUGCGGGCGUCCGUGGAGGCGUGUCUGAGGGAUGACAAGAGGGCCCAGGCCCGCUCGGACCCGGGUCGGUGCUCGGCGGCCAUCUUGUCCGGCCGAGCGGCCUCGCUGACAGGAAGGUUAGAGGUCAGAUUGCUGGGAUGUGAAGAUUUGUGUUCUCCAGCUGAUGACACAACUUCUGAGACGAGCGCCACCUUGAGGCUGGACGGCAGAGUGGUGGGCCGCACGCGCUGGGCGGCGCUGGGCCGCCUGACCUGGGAUCAAACCUUCUGCCUGGCGCUGGAGCGGUGUCGCGAGUUGGAGGUUGACGUGUUUUGCCGCGACGGCGGUCAAAUGUGCGCGCUCGGCUUCCUGCGUCUGGACCGGCUUGUGGGCCAGCGGAACCAGAACCAAGGAGACCGAGACAACGGCCACGCCGCCUCCCACGUGUGGCGUCUGGAACCCAGGGGCCUCCUUCACGCUCAGUUUGACUUGGCGGACACGGUGGUGGAGCGACAGCGCAAACUGCAACGCCAGCGAUGCAUCUUCACCAAAGAGAGAGGUAAGAACUUCCUGCGCGCGGCUCAGCUAAACGUGAACUUUUCCACGUGGGCUCACCUGAUGCUGAGUGUGCUUCCUGGUUACUCCACUGACUCCGCCCACCAGCCGUGCACGUCACCGCCGCGGCCGCCAAGUGAGGCGCCGGUGAGCAGAAGUCCUCCUGGCCACCAGGAGGCGACGCAGGACGAUGAAGACGAGCGCGUUGAUGUCGCCUCGGAAACGAUUCCACCGCAACAGACGUCGCCAUCCGGCCGGAGAAAAGAAAGUCAGGACCACUCGUACACGCCUGCGACGCACAGCCUGCAGAUGAACCCACACGCAAAAACACUCUUCACCGAAGCCCCCCCACAAAUCCUGCACGUGUCGGAUCUGCGCUACGUUUCCGUGCUUGGCAGAGGUCACUUUGGCAAGGUGCUGCUGGCCGUGAUGAAGGCCACGGGCCGCCUGUACGCCGUCAAGGCCCUGAAGAAAAGCGAAGUGGUCACGCGUGACGAGGUGGACAGCCUGAUGUGCGAGAAGAGGAUCCUGGAGCUGAUCAGGACGCGGCGGCAUCCUUUCCUGGUCCAGCUGCACGCCUGCUUCCAGACCCGAGAACACGUCUGCUUCCUGCUGGACUUCCUCCCCGGGGGGGACCUCAUGAUCCACAUCCACAACCGAGCCUUCACGCCGCAGCAGACCCGAUUCUACUCGGCCUGCGUGUUGCUGGCAUUGGAGUUCCUGCACGCCCACCGCAUUGUCUAUCGAGACCUGAAGCUGGACAACCUGCUGCUGGACGCCGACGGCUUUGUCAAGAUGACCGACUUUGGACUUUGCAAAGAAGGCAUCGGUCACGGGGAUCGCACGUCCACAUUCUGCGGAACGCCCGAAUUCUUGGCGCCCGAAGUUCUGACGGACGACGAUUACACGCGGGCCGUCGACUGGUGGGGGAUGGGCGUGCUCAUCUACGAGAUGCUGGUGGGCGAGUCGCCAUUUCUAGGUGAGGACGAGGAGGAAGUGUUCGACAGCAUCGUCAACGACGACGUGACCUAUCCGCCGUGGCUUCCGCCGGAUGCCGUGGCGAUAAUCCAGAAGCUGCUAAAAAAGAACCCGCGGAAGAGGCUCGGCGCCGGAGAGAGAGAUGCUAGCGAGUUGAAAGGAGAGACAUUCUUUGAGGAGGUGGACUGGGCCGCCCUCCUGUCCAAGCAAGCGUCGCCGCCCUUCCUGCCGUCCCUGAAGACGCCGGCGGACGUCAGCAACUUUGACAGCGACUUCACGCGCCUUCAGCCCGUCCUCUCUCCGCCCACCACGCCCGGCGGGCUCUCGGCCCAGCAGCAGGAGGCCUUCGCCGACUUUGACUUCUGCGCCCUGCACGGCUGAGCCUUAUUCGCCGGAGAGCGACCGAGCCGUUUCCCGCCCCCAUCGCCGCCCGUCUUCCCGAUCGGCUUUACUGCGACGGGCUACGCCCACCGCCGCACGUGCGAUCGCCCGCCGCCCGCUCGCCGCCUGUUGUGGCGUCCUUGGAAAAUAGCAAUUAAUGAAGCCAUAGAAAUGCUAAGAGAGCCAUAAUUGUAAUUCCAGGCUGCAAACGAGAAAGUCGUUUAUUCCUUCCGCUACACGGCACACGUGCCGAACUGUGUCAAACGUUGUUGAUCGUAUGCUCGAGAAGCAACCCGGACUGUUAUUGGCCGCUUUGAACGCGAUACGUCUGAAUAAAUGAAUGUACAUCAACAGCGAC